AUGUCUGCAAACAUUAUGCCUAUCGCCGAGAGAAAUUCUAUACAGAUUGUGGAUUUUGGAGCUGGUCAGCUUGUACAAGAUACAGGUGUUGUUAGAUUUGAAACUCAGUUUAUAGUUCUUUCCCCUUCAAUCACACAGAAAGUUAAUUUUGUCAGCACUAGUAAUGUCAUGGACGAGGCUACAUCAUUAUCAGUUUCAUGGAAUGAUGGUGACAAGUUAGAUAUCACUGUACGAGCUUUUGAUAUUUUCGAUGUGUACAUCGAUGAUAUGGUAACAGUAUACAAGGACAUCAGUCCUCCUGAAAUCGAAAACCUUUGGUUGUCCAAUGGAGACCGAGUAAAUGUUUCCGUCCAUAGUUUUGAAGAUUUUUCAAAAAUGACGAUCGAAUGGAAUGCAUUUGACUACCACAGUGGAAUAGACAAUCUAGAGUGGAGAUUAUAUGACAAUUACACUAAAACUGAUAUUGUCCAUGGUCACGCAAACCUACAUUCACAGGGAAAUUCAGAAAAUAUAACAGACUGCCAAAACAAAUAUGGCGAUGCACCAAGAGGACCAGCAUGUUACUGCACAUCGUUUCAUGGAUGCUUUCAUAAACAUUUCUACGUCAAACCUAAGAUAAAUAAAGACUCUGGUCUGAUUACUGGGAAAGACAAAGGUGUUCAUGAUUCAGAUUAUUACAUUGAAGUUACUGUUGUUAACAAGGCCUUGCUUAAAACUACAGUUGUGAAGAAGAUAACAAUAGAUGUCUCCCCACCACACGAAGGGUAUGUACAUGACGGCAUCAGAGGAGAUCCUGAAAUUGAUUUCCAACAAGAUCUACAUAUAGAUGCUCAUUGGGACGGUUUUUUUGACAGGGAAAGUGGUGUAGAAUUUUAUCAAUAUAUCUUUAGUGAUCACUGCUUUGACAACAACGAAUUCAAAGCUUAUAACGAGACAAAAGAAACCUACAAUACGUUUGCAUCAUUUGAGGCUUCUACAGAGGGAUCAUAUUUUGUUUCUGUGGUUGCUGUGAACAGAGCGAAAGAAAAUUCGAAUGUUGUCUGCUCUGAUGGAGUUACUAUAAUGACAACUAUGCCAUAUAUAACAGAUUUUGUAAUGUCAGGUGCUAAAACAAGACCAAGAUUAAUAAGAGACAAUAAUGGAACUGUUUGGUUUUUGGAUAAUAUUCUACAGAGACACUUUGUUGAGAACAUUACCUCCAGCUGCAUGUAA